AAGACUUGAUAAUUUUAAUGUAUGGGGUUUGUAUUGUCAUUCAGUAGGAUGUUAUUUUGAAGGAUGUGAGCUACUGAUAAGAAAGAGAAAGUGUAUGUGUGUGUGUGUGUGUGUGUGUGUGUGUGUGUGUGUGUGUGUGUGUGUGUGUGUGUGUCAGGCAGCAGCAGAGCAGAAGUGAGAGAGAGUCUCCAGCCAAAGUCGGGUGACAGCAGCAGCAGCUAGCAGUCAGAGAGGCGUCGUGGCUUUUUAACGAUUUUACUGUUUCUUCAGAAACUAGAGCUGCUCGCUCUGAAUGCUAAACGCUGCAGAAAUCGAUGCCUGUCGGCGUUUGUCGGCUUGUUUUGGUGCCACGAGCUGAAAGGCUGCAGGUUAAAAUGCCAGAAGUCAGCUAGGUUAGCUAACUAUAACUGGCUAGCCGAGCCUAGAUAAGAUAAGCUAAGCUAACGGUUACUUUCUCCACCGGUGGCUGAUUCCUCAGCGUGUUGUUGUUUACUUGGCAGCUGCUCUGCUUCUUAUUUUCGCGAGAAUUCAUUGAGAAGUUGAUGAGGAUUAGUGCUGUGUCCGUGGGCUUGAAGAGGAGCAGCUUUGUCCUGCAGUUUGUGCCUGAUUUUUGAAGAUGGAAUCGUUUGAAAGCGAGCGAGCCCCACUCCCCAGGAACAUGAUUGAAAACAGCAUGUUUGAGGAGGAGCCAGACGUGGUGGAUCUGGCCAAAGAGUCCCCCUCCUAUCCCAUUGACUCAGAUGAUGUGGUCUACGAGCCACGGAGCUCCAGACUGUUGGUGCGAGGCCUUGGCGAGAACGACAUGGAUGAAGAUGAGGAGGACUAUGAGUCGUCUGCCAGGCUUCUGGGAAUGUCCUUCAUGAACCGAAGCUCCAACCAGCGCAGCGCUGCCUCCUCUUACACCCGCCAGCAGCCCUCCGGCUCCUGCUCCAUGCCUUCUGCAAAGAAAACUGUGGUGGGGAUCUUGGUCUUAAUUGUAGUUGCUUCGAUAGCCAUGGUCAUCUACUUCCUACCACGAUGCACCUUUUCCAAAGAUGGCUGCCACAAAGCCAACUCUUCCAUGGAACACCUCUAUCCUGUCGCAUCCAAUGGAGAACUUUUCCCAUGGAGAGAUAUAAGGCUUCCCACCAGUGUGCGUCCAGUUCAGUACGAACUCUCGCUCUUUCCCAACCUGACCACUAUGACUUUCCAAGGGAACGUGACCAUAACCCUGGUGGUCUUGCAGGAAUCGAAGAAGAUUGUUUUGCACAGCUCUGAUAUGAAGAUACUUAAAGCUAAUUUCCAAGGUAAAGAGGUGCCGAUCUUGGAGUACAAGCCAUGGCAGCAGAUUGCAAUCAAGUUUUCAGAAGAAAUCAAAAAGGGACAGGAAUACGUCUUGAAUAUUGUCUACACAGCAAACCUCUCCAACAGCUAUGAUGGCUUCUACAACAGCUCUUACAGUGAUACGGCUGGGGUAAGAAGAGUUUUGGCUGCUACUCAGUUUGAGCCCUUGGCUGCCCGCAAGGCUUUUCCUUGUUUUGAUGAACCCGCCUUUAAAGCCAGUUUUCUAAUUAAGAUAAAGAGAGAAGCAGAAUACAUCAGCCUUUCAAACAUGCCCAAGGCCAAAACUACUCCGUUACCAGGUGGACUUUUUGAAGAUGAGUUUGAGAAAAGUGUGAAUAUGAGCACCUAUCUAGUUGCAUUUAUUGUGGCCAACUUCGUCAGUGCCAACGCCAACGUCUCAAACACACUGGUCUCUGUAUAUGCAGUUCCAGAUAAAAAGGACCAAGUUCAUUAUGCGCUGGAGGCCGCCACAAAGUUGCUGCAUUUCUACAAUACUUUCUUUGAAAUCGAGUACCCUCUCCGCAAAUUGGACUUAGUGGGCAUUCCUGACUUCCUGGCUGGAGCUAUGGAGAACUGGGGACUCAUCACAUUCCGGGAAACGACUCUACUCGUGGGCAACCAUUCCUCCCCCAUUGAUAAACAACUAGUGACCUCUGUCAUUGCCCAUGAACUUGCACAUCAGUGGUUUGGAAACCUCGUCACCAUGCGCUGGUGGAAUGAUCUUUGGCUGAAUGAAGGAUUUGCAACCUACAUGCAGUACAUGUCUAUUGAGAAGGUGUUUCCAGAACUUGAUAUUGACAAUGAAUUCCUGAGUGUGCGCUUCAGAGCAAUGGCCAAAGAUUCUCUGAACUCAUCCCAUCCUGUGUCUUCCAAAGUGACCACUCCAGAGGAAGUGGAGGAGAUGUUUGACUCUGUGUCUUACGAGAAGGGUGCCUCCAUCUUGCUCAUGCUCAAUGCAACCCUCAGUGAGGAAGCAUUCCGGAAAGGUGUGAUUGAGUAUUUGACGAAUUAUAGGGGCGGCAACACAGAAAAUGAAGAUCUGUGGAGCAGCCUCUCUCAGGUAUCAAAACAAUCAAUCAACGUAUCUCAGAUGAUGAACACUUGGACUGUACAGAAAGGCUUUCCACUGGUCACCGUGAACCGUGCAGGCAAGCAAGUGAAACUGACGCAGGAACAUUUCCUCCUAAAUGCAGAAAAUGCCACUGAUCACAGCCACCUUUGGCACAUCCCCCUCACAUAUGUCAACGACACUUGUAGCACUUCCAGCGGCUGUAAGCAAGUGUUUCUUUUUAAGAACAAAACUGCUACUCUUGAGGUUCCAGACAGUGUGAAAUGGCUGAAGUUUAACUACAAAAGUGAUGGCUUCUACAUAGUGGACUAUGGAAUGGAGGGCUGGAUGAAUCUGACUGAGGCCUUAAAGACAAACGUGAACGUUCUUCCUCACGAAGACCGAGCGUCUCUCAUCAAUAACCUCUUUUCUCUCUCAAGGUUGGGUAAGGUUUCGUUCAGACAGGUGUUAAAUCUGUUCGAGUAUCUGAAGAAUGAGACUGAAACGGCUCCUCUGACUGAAGCCCUGGCUCAGCUCAACCACAUCUUCAGGCUUCUGGACAAAAGAUCUGAGUUGUUAUUGGUGUCCAGGAUGACAAAAUAUAUUUUGGAUCAUUUUCGUGAUCUGAUGGACAGCCAGUCCUGGGAAGAGGAGACCUCUGUGUCUAAGCAAGUGCUUAGAUCUGCCCUGCUCGAAACAGCCUGCAGACUCAACAGACCUAAUUGCACAACACAGGCCAAAAGCGUGUAUGAUGAGUGGAUCGCUUCAAAAAAAACUAAACAUAUUCCUGGAGAUCUCCUGAGAGUGGUCCUGUCUGUGGCAGCACAAACUGAAGUCGGUUGGAAAGAGUUAUUUGAUACUUACAAACACUCCAUCUAUGACUCUGAGAAACGCAAGACACUGGAGGCUCUGGCCAGCACACAGGAUGUGAGAAAAAUUGUGUGGAUCCUGAAUGCUGGUCUUGAAGGAAGUGAAAUUCAGACUCCUGAACUUCCUCUUGUGAUCAGCACAGUCUGUAAACAUUACGCUGGCUACCUCUAUGCCUGGGAUUUUGUAAAGGAGAACUGGGAUAAGCUCACCCAAAAAUUUCCCAUUGGUAGUUUCCCCUUGCAAGCCAUCAUCAUGGCCACCACCAGCCAGUUCUCUACGAAGGCACAUCUUGAUGAGGUGGAGAGGUUCUUUGGCUCUCUGAAGGAUAGAGGAUCCCAGAUGAGAAGCAUUCAGGAGGCGAUCGAGACCAUCAAGCUGAACAUGCGAUGGAUGGACCGCAACUUGGCCACGCUUCAGACCUGGCUGUAGCCUCGGAGGCCUGCAGCCUCUCCUCCCUGUUGCACACGCAGCCCCUCAGGUGAUGUGGCCGAGCACCUGUGAGUGACGUUACCGUAACACACAGCCUGGGCCGUGUGUGUGCAGAGAUGGGCUUUGGACAGGGAAAAUUCAGGGGUACCUUUUAGAGUUAAAUAGACUGCCUUUGUGUUUGUUUUUUCAGUUUUCCAGUGCUUUUCUUUUUUUUUUUUUUUCAAUUUGUUGUGGGCUAAACUGACUAGCUGACUAAAUACUAGACCCAUUAAAAAAAAGUCCCAUUAAAAAAACAAAAGCUCUGAAAUAGGUCAUUGUCUGUAUAGCGAGGAGAGUAGCAGCUUUGUGGUUUAGUACAGUUUUGUGUCAGCUGUGUAGACGAGCACUGUGUUGUUUAUGAGCUUCCUGUUUUUAGUGGGUAGAGGUGUAGAUGGCAUACGUGCCUGUUUUUGCCUUCUAGCAUUGCUAUCUGCUUCAGGUCAUGUGGGAAACUCGCUGCUUUUUCUUCAGGGUAGUUUCACUUUCAGCCCAUCUCUGCACAUUGACAUGGCUCUGGCCUACAAACCUGUUUGCACUAUUAGGAGAUUCAGCUUGCUCAGGGCUACUCUGGAUGGUUUCUGAUUGGUCAGACGAUAUGACGCACGUGCUUGAACUCAUUUCAGCUUCUCACUGCUGUCAGUGGCUGCAGACCAAACCUCUCAGCAGUAUCUUUUCAACAUGCCUUUCGCCUACGUUGCCAAAAAAAUAAAAAAAAUAAGAGUCAGUUAAAAAAGUGGAAUAUGAUUUUUGAAAUCCUGCAAUGUUGGAAGUACGACAAUAGGACUCCUUGUUGUGUCAAUAAGAGUCACGCACUUGUGGUGUGAAGCUAGAUAAGUGUAUCUGCCUGAAUAUGUGCAGACAAUCAGUUUUUUAUAAAGGCAUUUGCAAAGCCUCUCAUUUAUGUGAGUUGCUUUUUUCCCCUCUUAAGUACAAUUUAAAAAGUGCAGAGUCAUCUGGAAUUUGCAAUGCCUGUAGCCGGUACUGUGUAAAUACUCUUGCCUUAGCAGUUUUCCAUACAAGCCUCAUCCUUUACUUUGAGUUCAGUUUUGAAUGUUUUUUUUUUUUGUUUGUUAGAUUUAGUUUGGUGAUGUAUAUACUGAUAUACUGUGUGUUUUAUAUUUUUGUGCAGACUUGCACGCAGUGAAGUCAGAUGCUUUUAUUUGCCUUGACAGAGUUUAAGUUUAAGUUAAAGCCUAGUAUUUAAGUGUGAGUUUUAUUUUACGUUUUGCUAUGCACAUCCUUAAUAAAGAAGAAAGUAGCUUACUAUAAAACUAAGUUAAAACGGAUCAGGAUUUAAAAAUAGAAAUGGGUGUAUACAGUGGACUUUAGAAUUAUUGGUACCCAUUAAUAUAUAUUUUUUAUGUGUGCUCCAUCCAGUUUUCUAUUUUUGCUUAAUGCAAUCAAAUCCUCACAGCAAUGCUAGAUUUUAAUUUUCUUCCCUGAACAGUAGAAACAGUUAGUACAAUUAAUAAAAUAUUCCAUAUUUAAGAAGAAACUUGGGAUGUCUCUGCAAACCGAGACAGAUUAUGUAAUUUUUUAAGAAUUGAAAUCAGAUGACGCACACACUCAACUACAGAUCACAAUUAUUACUGUAUUAUUCCUAAACAUACAGGGAAAUAAGAGCCUUUACAAAAAAUAAAUACUAGUUUUUGGUUAUUAACACCAAUAUAUUUUAAGUGAGUGACACCAAUAAAAUAUCAAUACAUAGUUUAAUUUUGCCUCUAAGUUAGUUUAAUCUAAUGCAAAAUUAUCUUUUAUUUACAUUUAAGUACCCAUUUUUAAAAGCUUAAGAAAAACGAAAAAUCGUGUUUAUACAUAUAUGAACAGUUUAAUAUUUGCAGUUAAUUUUUUUUUUAUGUUUUUGUUUCAAGUAAAAAAAAAUAUUAUUAUUAUUAUUGUUGUUGUUUUUGGCCCACAUUGUUGCAUUGCACCUUUGUGUGUUGCCAGGUUCGAGAUGCAGUUGUGGUUCUUGCUGAAUGUAUAAACAGUUCUCUUCUCAUUUUGCCCAAUGAGAAAAGAUCAGUGGCAAGCUUUAUGAUUGUAACUUCAUUGUAUCUGAUGUGUGGGUGCACCAAUACCAAAAAUACAACCAAUACCGAUAAUAUUGUUAAUAUAUAUUGUUAUAAGUUACAGACAGUAGUCUUUUUUUUAUGUUACAAAGGUUUCAAAGGUUACAAAAUUGUUACAGAGUAGUGCUGGGUGGUGCUAAUUACUCUUUUAAUUUUGAUUUUCAAAAUGAGAAGUGCAUGGCGUCUCAAAAUAAUUAAGCAAUAAUACACGAGAGGGAGUGCUACGACCACAGCACGUUGUAGCACGAACCUGUAUAGUUGUGAUUAUACCACAGUUCCAUUAUUGCUGUUUAUUGAAAGAUUUUGAGAUAAAGAGGAUGAGAAAAUACGUUCUGUUUGGUUAUAAACACACACGCAAGUUAAAAUAUUUCCAUUGCUGCUCUGUUUGUAGCGGUGUUGUUUGGCUUGUAAGUGCUGCAUCCUUGCUAGGUUACCUGUAUGGGGCGGAGUAAUACAUGGAGAGCUUCGGUUACAGUGCAUUACCGGCUGAUAAUGGCAGUUCUAGAACGCCUCUCAGCAAAUCACAUUGCAGGGUCGAAUUAAAUGUGGUACAAUUCUCUGAUAAUUGUUCAUUGUACUAAUAAUAAUUAUGUCUUAUAUAUAUUGAUUUUGUUAACUCUUUGCAAUUUCCUUUCCAAAUCAGUACAGGUUACACUCCACAAAUGCUUAUGAAGGAAGCAAAAAGAGCUCAACUCUCCUCCACAGAUCCUCCAAGAUACACAGCGUAAUUUUCUUUACUGUAAAUAUAAAGAUGUCAGAUCUUGAUGCAAAAAUAUGCCACAGAUGUGGAGCCAAUCAGCUGAUUCCUAUAUCAUUAGCUAAGCUUGCCCACUGUUUAGGAACCGUUCAACUCCAUGCUCAGAACUGGAAAAGAGGUCAUUUUUGCUGAGAUUUUGUAGUAUUGGUGCACCCUUAUCUCCGGUACAAUCUAAAAUUCAUGUAUGUUUAUGUAUAAUACGUCUUACUGUAUCUGUGUGACUAUUAAUGUAAAUUUGUUUCAGUCUUUUUAUACAGUAAGAAGGUCACCUGUACGUUUGUGGAUUUUCGCUCAAGAAAUUUUGUGGAUCACAUCUGAAUUUUUACUCUCUGUUUCUUUUUGUAUGUUUUUAUUUCUUUCCACUGUGUAAAAUGUCAGGUAGAGCUGAGAGACAUGUAUUCUUAGCCGUUUGCUCUUUAGCUCUUUUACUUCCAACAAUAAGCUCUUCAGCACUUUCAGAAGUCUAUGUACAGACAGUGAAUGGAAAAAAAAAUAUUUGUGACACCUCCUAUUCACUUUCUGUUAUGGACUUAAAAUACACACAUUUUGUCCUGUGUUUAUUUUCUUACUUUUUUUCUUCAAAUAAAACUGACCUUAAGGUUGGUUGAAUUUUUGAGAAAAGUCAUGUCAUCUGUUAAAACCCUUCUAGAUACCGUUUGCCUGCAGUGUUAGUUUUUUCUGAAAUGCUCUUCUGUCUUUCUUGCUUUCACACGCUUAUAUAUUUUAUUUUGUGCAACAACAAAAAAAAAAGCUUUACACUGGACUUCUUCACCCAUAAUGUUCAUAAAAAAGUGAUUCAUACAUGAAUAAAACUAUUGUGAAGAGAUGAAUUUUAUGAAAAGGAAAGGAAAAUUAUGAAUAAACUGCCUUUACAAUAA